UGAGUUUGUUAGCAUCCAUCUAUUAAUCAUCAUCCAUCCUGGCUUGCAUCCGUUACCAUCGAUGUUAGACAUUUUCGGGACGUAUCCGGCAGCCCACACCGGUUAUCCUGCUGAAGGAGGGGACAGAUUCGUCUCAGGGCAUUCCCCAGCUCGUCAGUAACAUCAAUGCCUGCCAGGUUAUUGCUGAGGCUGUCAGAACCACUCUGGGGCCCAGGGGGAUGGACAAACUGAUGGUGGAUGCCAGAGGAAAGGCCACGAUUUCCAACGAUGGCGCUACCAUCCUGAAGCUGCUGGAUGUGGUUCACCCUGCUGCUAAAACCCUGGUGGACAUCGCUCGUUCGCAGGAUGCUGAGGUUGGAGACGGCACCACGUCCGUCACCCUCCUGGCCGCCGAGUUCCUGAGGCAGCUGAAGCCGUUCGUGGAGGAGAGUCUCCACCCUCAGACCAUCAUCCGCGCUUUCCGCACUGCCACCAACCUCGCUGUCAGCAAGAUCAAAGAGAUCGCCGUCUCUGUGAAGAAAGACGACAAACAAGAGCAGAGGCAGCUGUUGGAGAAAUGUGCAGCGACCGCCCUGAACUCCAAACUGAUCGCUGGGCAGAAGGAGUUCUUCUCUAAGAUGGUGGUGGAUGCGGUCAUGUCUCUGGACGAGCUUCUGUCUCUGAAAAUGAUUGGCAUCAAGAAGGUCCAGGGAGGAGCGCUGGAGGAUUCCCAGUUGGUCUCUGGCGUUGCUUUCAAGAAGACGUUCUCCUACGCUGGCUUUGAGAUGCAGCCCAAACGCUACGAUAACCCGAAGAUCGCUUUGCUCAACGUGGAGCUGGAGCUGAAAGCAGAGAAGGACAACGCUGAAGUUCGUGUCAAGUCUGUGGAGGAAUAUCAAGCCAUCGUGGAUGCAGAGUGGAACAUUCUGUACGACAAACUAGAGAAGAUCUAUCAGUCUGGAGCCAAGGUUGUUCUGUCAAAGUUGCCCAUCGGCGACGUGGCCACCCAGUACUUUGCAGACAGAGACCUGUUCUGUGCUGGCAGGGUGCAGGAGGAGGACCUGAAGAGGACGAUGAUGGCUUGUGGCGGCUCCAUCCAGACGUCUGUGGGAGCGCUAACAGAGGAUGUGCUGGGACUUUGUGAAGUAUUUGAAGAGGUUCAGGUGGGAGGAGAAAGGUACAACUUCUUUAAGGGGUGCCCGAAAGCGAAGACCUGCACCAUCAUCCUCAGAGGCGGAGCUGAGCAGUUCACAGAAGAGACGGAGCGAUCGCUGCACGACGCCAUCAUGAUUGUGCGCAGAGCCAUCAAGAACGACUCCAUCGUGGCGGGUGGAGGGGCCAUAGAAAUGGAGCUGUCAAAGUACCUGCGGGAUUACUCCAGGACCAUUCCCGGGAAGCAGCAGCUGCUCAUCGGAGCGUACGCCAAAGCCCUGGAGAUCAUUCCCCGGCAGCUGUGCGACAACGCCGGCUUCGACGCCACCAACAUCCUCAACAAGCUGCGCGCGAAACACGCCCAGGGGGGCAUGUGGUACGGCGUGGACAUCAACAACGAGGACAUCGCUGACAACUUCGCCGCCUUCGUGUGGGAGCCGUCCAUCGUACGCAUCAACGCCCUGACGGCGGCGUCCGAGGCCGCCUGUCUCAUCCUGUCCGUCGACGAGACCAUCAAGAACCCCCGCAGCGGCGCGGACGCACCCCCCGGGAGGGGGAGGGGCCGCGGGAGACCCCAUGCUCACUAAGGGUCAAAACAAACCCGGUUUAACGGUGGAAUUUCAAGUCUGAUUGAAAUUCCCACUUUGGUUGUGCAGACAUUUGCUUUCUUAAAUUCUCUUCACUGUAGCUUCAGUCUGUCAACAUUUCAGUGUCUGCAUCACCUGCCGAGGAGCUGCUGCUCCAUCCUUAUUUAAAAAACAAACAACAGGAGUUCAGCUCCGCCCGUGGAGCCGCUCAGUCCCCAAAUCUGUUUUUGUAUCCGGAGACAAGCUGUUAACUAUUAAAUAAAGCACUGAUGAAGCAUC